UUGCUUGCCUGCUCAUUAAUCUUUCUGUAUACUGGUGGAUCACGCCUUCCUCGCGACAUGCAGCUUCAGGCUGGCCUUGCAAGCGUCUAUCAUAGGGACUGUGUGCUUAGCGCAGGAACGGGCUUUGGGAAGACUUAUGCUAUGAUAAUUGCGUGGUUGCUUCGUCCCGCCGAACUCGGUCUUGUAUUCUCGCCACUGAAGCGGCUG